ACCAACCCCACGGAGUGAGGAUGAGCUCCACGGACCCGCUCUCCUGCGAUGUGGAACGGUCAGGCCGCCCCGCCACUCUCGCCAGGCCCCGACACGCGACGAUUUAACGCCCCUUCCAGGGCGGGGGUGGGUCCGGUUGCCUAGUGACAGCGACGCUACUCAGCGGCCCUCAGCAGGGACAAAAUGGCGGCGGGCCGCGGCGGCGGGGCCCGGCGAGGCGCGGGCUGCGGUUCAGCUGGGGUGCGGAAAUCCCACAGGAUCCUGCCCCAUCCUGCCAUGCCAAAGAAGACUUUGAUGCAUGGAGACUUCCUGGCUAAGGAGGAGGAGUACAAGCGACUGAAUGCAGAAUUAGAGGCAAAAACAGCAGAGUUGGUGCGUCAGGCUGAAGAAGUAAUAAGAGAUCAACAAGAGAUACUAUCAAUACCGGUUUCAACACAGGUUAAAUUGUGUGAAGAUGAUGACAAACAACUGAGAGAUGUGCUUUCUCCUGAACUGCCAAUCCUUACACUUUCGCAUAUUAAGCAACCAAACAAGAAAUCUGGUUCCAUGUCUACAGCUCAGAACAGACCACACUCUGGCAGUAAGGGAAAGAGAACAAUUUCAAGUGCAAAACUAAGAAGCAUUGAUAUAAAAGCUGCUGAUGAUGUUGCCAUCCUGGAGGACUUCACAGAUUUUUCUCUUGCAAAGACAAUAAGUAAAAUUGAAGGAAAACUGGAGGAAGGAGACUUGCUUGAAAGUCUAGAUGAUGAUAUUAUUCCAAGUGUAGGAAAUGAAAUUGGAACAGAAGCCCAGAUCAGAUUUCUUAAGGCAAAGCUGCGUGUUAUGCAGGAGGAGCUGGAUAGUAUAGUACGUGAAUGUAGUAAAAAGGAUGAUGAGAAUCGGAAUUUAAACUCUCGGGUUAAAGAAACUGAGGAAGAACAUGCUAGACUCCAGCGAACAGUCAGUACUCAACAGUUUCAAAUUGAAAAGUACAAAAUGCUGUCAGAGGAAGCUAACAGGAAAAGUGAAGGAUUACAGCAACAGCUCACUGCAGUAGAAAAGGAACUAGAGAAUCUAAAGCGCAUACAAAAGCAGGCUUCUACCAGUCAGAGUGCUACAGAAGUUCGCUUAAAUAGGGCUCUUGAGGAAGCAGAAAGGUAUAAAAUGGAGCUGAAUAAACUGAAGCAAAGCAAUAAGGACAUAGCCAACCAAGAGCACAAAAAAUUUGAAGAACUAAAAAUAGCAAACAAGAGACUGGAGAAACAAAAAGGAGAGCUAAUGACAGGUUUCAAGAAACAGCUAAAGUUAAUUGAUAUUCUGAAGAGACAAAAGAUGCAUAUUGAAGCAGCUAAAAUGCUUUCUUUUACUGAAGAAGAGUUCAUGAAAGCUCUUGAGUGGGGAAAUCCAUGAUGCAGUGUUCAAUGCCUUGGUUUGAAAAUCAGUUCUGAUUGUAUGCUGUUUUGAAAAUAUAUAAUGUUUUCACCCCUCAGCUCGCUACUUACCACAAAUGUCCAAAUAGAUAGUUUUAGAUUAAUCCUGGUAAAAUUGUUCAACUUUUAAGAGUUAUAAUAGGAUAAACAUUUUAAUGUUUGAUUGUAAAUAGUUUUGUGUUGCAACAUACCUUGAAAUGGAGUUAUUCAUCCAACCCUUUAGCUAAGUGGCUAAAUGCUCUAUAUCCUCACUGACUGUAAGGGGUAAAGCAAGCAGUACGGAGAGAACACAUUAUAUACACAUCUGUUUUAGUUACCAAUUUUCUGUUUUCAUACUGAUUGGUUGAAACUGUAGUUGAGAAGAUGAAAAACACUGUUGUCCAAAUAAAAGGUAAUGUUUAUAUAUCUCAGAAAACUAAGGUGAUAGUUCAAAAACCUCAUUAAUAGGGAGGAAAAUUUUACAACUUGGAUAUAAAAACAAAUUUGAUUGUAAAAAUAAAAGUUUGGGAACUACGUA